UCUUAGCUUCUUGACUGGGGAGAGGAGACGGUCGCCAGUCGCUCUAAGAUAUCUCAGAUUUGUUGGAAAAAUAAGUAUUGUGAUUUUUUUAUUUCCUUUUGAUUCCCAUCGCGGCAGGUGAUGGACAAUUCUUCGCGUAUUUUUCGUGAGAAGAAUUCGUUUGACUACCAGAAGCUUACCGAUUCUCCGGCGUCCCACUCCGGGCAUUUGGGCUCCGGGGAAAGCAUCGAUCGGCGGUUCGUCUUCUCUCGUCAAGCUUCUUUGCAUAAAAAUGUGAUGGGCGACCCCCACACUCCGAAACCUUUUCUUUCGCGGAACGUUUCUAGCAUAGAUAUUCCGCCGGGCAGUUUCUUGGAGGUUCCCAAGCUUGCAUACUCGAAUGAAUUUGAUGAGAAGGCUUCGGCUUUUUCAUACGUUUCAUUGAUUUGGGGGGGAUUAAGGUCUGGGAACAAGCCGAUGAGGCGUUUGUUCGUCUUGAUUUCAUUGAAUGUAGCGUAUUCGACGGCUGAGCUGAUAAUUGGCCUUCUCACGGGUCGUGUUGGCUUGAUAUCAGAUGCAUUUCAUUUGACAUUUGGCUGUGGGCUCCUGUCAUUUUCGUUAUUUGCAAUGGCAGCUUCUCGACAAAAACCUGAUAGCACGUACACAUACGGGUACAAAAGGCUAGAAGUUUUAUCAGCUUUUACAAAUGCUCUAUUCCUUUUGUUUCUGUCUUUCUCGUUGGCUGUGGAAGCUCUUCAUGCAUUUAUACAAGAUGAAUCUGAGCACAAGCAUUACUUGAUCGUCUCUGCCGUCACAAAUUUGCUGGUAAAUCUCAUUGGCGUUUGGUUCUUCAGAAAUUAUGCCCGAGUUAAUCUUGUUUACAGAAAACCUGAAGAUAUGAACUAUCACUCUGUUUGCUUACAUGUGCUGGCUGAUUCGAUCCGCAGUGCAGGAUUAAUUCUGGCGUCUUGGUUGCUUAGCCUCGGAGUUAACAAUGCCGAGGUCUUGUGCUUGGGACUGGUUUCUGUCACUAUUUUUAUGCUUGUAAUGCCGCUUUUUAAAGCCACAGGUGGUAUUUUACUACAGAUGGCACCACCUAGCGUACCCUCCUCGGCCUUGAGCAAAUGCUGGAGACAGAUCAAUUCUCAUGAAGAUGUUGCAGAGGUUUCCGAGGCUCGGUUUUGGGAAUUGGUACCAGGUUAUGUUGUUGGAUCGGUAUCACUUCUGGUGAAGAAGGGAGUGGAUGAUCUCCCAAUACUUCGAUAUGUUCACGGCCUGUACCAUGAUGUCGGCGUGCAGGAUUUAACCGUGCAUACAACCAGUGACGCUUAAUCCCGAGCAUAUUUAAUCCUGUACUGCUACAGCAGCGGAUUCUUUUUGUCGAACAUGAUGCCAAGUAAAGAAACCACACGUGAUCUAUAGAUGACUAUGUCCUUUUCCCUGUCCUACAUAUGCUGUGAAAUUAUUGAAAAAACAAUUUCAGA